CGCGCUCUCAGCUACCAACAAGCUCUUGGUCUCGAAAUUACCGUCAUUGAGAAGAUGGAUAUGCACUUGCUCUACUCAAAGGAUAAGAUUCUUAUCAAGCCCCUCCCAAAGUAUCUUUUUGAACCCAAAUUUUGGUAUCAAUACCUUGAAUGCCCGGAGGACUGCCACGUCAUUUGGAUGCGUGCCUUGGGAUUCGCUUUCUCUUACGUUGCGCUGGUGUGCACCAAGAGAGACUUUGAGAUUGCAAAGGCGAAAGAUUUGAUCCCAGACGAUGUCAGCUUUGAAGGCUGGAAGUAUUUUGUGUCUCGAAUGCUCGGCGACAGCGCUGGCGGCAAGAUCCUCAGGCAGAUCGACAAGCGAUUCACGUAUGGCGAAUUGGAUCUGGCGCGCCUCAACCAGGUU